GAUUUAUUUGUUGAUUGGCAGGCUGGCACUUGGGUGAGUCUGGUGGUGAAAGUUAGAUACUUGGAAUAUUGACAAUUAUCAUAACAUAGAAUAUAGCGAAGAAAAUAGAUAAGUUCAAACAUUAGUGACGCUUUCAUGUUGUUCUCAUAAGGAGCGCAUAUUCCGACAGCAGGUAAAAAACGGACUGAAAACCUGUCGAUUGCCUGAUAAACUUGUUGGGGCAUCUCAACGUCAAUUAGGCGGUCUGCAAAGAGACUGGACUGGAGGUCUCCGCGAUGACCUUGUUGAGAUCCAGACGCAGAAGCAGGGCACUGUGGCAUUGGGUCGACGGGAAGGAAGCAGCCUAUAAAAGCCGAUCUGGUGUCCGUAGUGGACUUGUGUGAAAUAAACUACCGACAGGAGCAAACAUAAUUCUUCUUCCUACAAAUUCGAUCAGCAUGUUGGCUAAGAUUUCAAUAUUUGUGACCCUCGUCUGCCUGGCUCAAGCUGGUCUACUGCCCGUGAAAACAUCCGGAAGCGAGGACACCUAUGAUUCGCAUCCCCAGUACUCAUUCAACUAUGAUGUUCAGGAUCCAGAGACAGGAGAUGUCAAGUCGCAAUCGGAGACUCGGGAUGGCGAUGUGGUCCACGGUCAGUACACCGUGAAUGAUGCCGAUGGUUACAGACGAAUCGUGGACUACACCGCCGAUGAUGUCCGUGGAUUCAACGCAGUGGUGCGGCGUGAACAACUGUCUAGUGCCGCGGUGGUUGUGAAGCCACAAGCUGCAGCAGUCGCUCCCAAAGUUCAGUUGCCGACUCUGAAGAAGCUGCCAGCCCUGAAGCCGCUUUCUCAGGCAUCGACUGUGGUGCACCGAUCCUUUGCACCGGUGAUCCACCACGCCCCAGUGACCCAUGUCGUGCACCACGCAGCUCCAGCGCAUUCCUUCGUCUCCCACCACGUUCCUGUUCUGAAGACCACUGUGCACCACGCUCCUCAUCCCCAUGCCAUUUCGUAUGUGUUCUAGAGCAUGAAUAAAAUUCUAUAAAAUCACAUAA